UGGGGGUGGUUUGGGGGGCUGUGCUUUGAGGCCCAUCUCGUAACGGUGGCGGCGAAUGGGCGGAGAGGUUAUAACUUCAAAUAUUACAGAAACAACUGUCCAUUUGAAAUACUGUGGCAUACAUAUGAAGUUCCUGAUUUUAAAGUGGCACAACUGCAAUGAAGAAAAGGAGAAAGCUCACUGCAAAUCUAGAUGACAAAACACGUGUUGGUCACCGGCGAGAAUCUCCUGAUCAGAUUCCUGUAGCGGACUCUGUGCAAGAAGCUAUUGUUGAUUCUGUAGGAGUAGCUGCUGCAGACCCUCUUGCAUAUUCCAAAGAAGUUCCUCCAUCACCAGAUCAAAGAAAGCUUUUAAGUUCCCUGCAAUACCACAAAAAUCUACUCAAAUACUUAAAUGAUGAUCGACAGAAGCAAUCAUCUUUUUGCGAUCUGCUCAUAAUUGUUGAUGGAAAAGAGUUCAAUGCCCACAAAGUAGUAGUUGCUGUUGGGAGUAGUUACUUCCAUGCUUAUUUGAGCAAAAAUCCGAGUACAAAUGUUGUUACGUUGGAUCAUGUAACACAUUCAGUUUUCCGUCAUCUGCUCGAGUUUCUCUACACAUCCGAGUUGUUUGUGUAUAAAAAUGAAAUCCCUUUAGUUUUAGAGGCAGCCAAAUUUUUAGAUAUUAUUGAUGCAGUUAAACUGCUAAACAGUGAAAAUGUUCCCAAUUCACAAUCUGAAGAGAAAACUGGGAACUCAUCACAGGUAGAAUCAUUCACUGAACUUUCUCCUAAAGUAGCAAGCAAUCACCAAUGCUCUUUGUGCAAUCGCAACUUCUGUUACAAGAAAUCCUUAGAAAAUCAUUUGUCCAGAGCACACAAAUCUUCUGCAAGGGAAAAAGAACAUGGGCUAAAAAUGGUUGAGAGGCCAGAUAUCUCUACCAGAAGAUCAACACGAAAUCGCAAAUGUCCAGCAAAAUUUGAUCAGAGUGACAAUGAAAGUGGUGAUGUGUCUGACAGCAAUUUAGAUAAAGCCACUCCUGGUAAAGAAAACAAUGAGUUUAGCAAUGAAUCGGAAGACAGUGGAAGUGAAUAUAAUACUGAGGAAGACAGGCAAGAAGAGGACACUUUGGAAGAUGAUACUGAGUCUGAAGAGCAAAGUGAAAAAGAACGUGAUGAAGAUAGCCAUGAGACUGACGACCUGGCAGGAAAUAUUUCUGAAGGCAAUAUUUCCACGUAUAUUCCGGUCAUUAUUCAGAAUAGUAGCAAAAAAUGUCUGCAGUGUCCUAAGUGUGAUAAAACCUUUGAUCGAGCAGGGAAAUUUGAGAGCCAUGCUCGUGUGCACACUGGUGAGAAACCUUUUGAAUGUGAUAUCUGUCACCAACGGUAUUCAACCAAAUCCAACUUAACUGUACAUAGAAAGAAUCACAACAAUGAGAUUGAAUUUCAUAAAAAGGAACACAAAUGUCCGUACUGUAACAAAUUGCACGCCACCAAAAAGACCCUGAUAAAGCAUGUGAAGAGAUUCCAUCCUGAAAAUGUACAGGAGUUUCUCUCCAUCAAGAAGAAAAAGAGUGAAGGCUGGAAGUGUGAUAUUUGCAAUAAAUCUUUCACACGAAGGCCUCAUCUAGAAGAACACAUGAUCCUUCACACCCAGGAUAAGCCUUUCAAGUGUACCUACUGUGAAGAGCACUUUAAAUCCCGUUUUGCGAGACUGAAACAUCAAGAAAAGUUCCAUCUAGGACCUUUUCCAUGUGACAUUUGUGGUCGUCAGUUUAAUGACACUGGAAACCUGAAGCGCCAUAUUGAAUGUACUCAUGGAGGAAAGAGAAAGUGGACUUGCUUUAUUUGUGGGAAAUCAGUUAGAGAAAGAACAACUUUGAAAGAGCACUUAAGAAUCCAUAGUGGAGAGAAGCCUCAUCUGUGUAGUAUUUGUGGGCAGAGUUUUCGUCAUGGAAGUUCAUACAGGCUUCAUCUGCGAGUCCACCAUGAUGACAAGAGGUAUGAAUGUGAAGAAUGUGGAAAGACAUUUAUUCGCCAUGACCACCUGACAAAACACAAAAAGAUACACUCAGGUGAAAAGGCCCAUCAGUGUGAGGAGUGUGGAAAAUGUUUUGGCCGACGAGACCACCUCACUGUCCAUUAUAAAAGUGUUCAUCUAGGAGAAAAGGUGUGGCAAAAGUACAAAGCAACAUUUCAUCAGUGUGAAGUCUGUAAGAAGGUUUUUAAAGGGAAAUCAAGUUUGGAAAUGCAUUUUAGGACACAUUCAGGUGAGAAGCCAUACAAAUGUCAAAUUUGUAACCAGUCCUUCAGGAUUAAGAAGACGUUAACUAAACACAUGGUUAUUCAUUCAGAUGCUCGCCCUUUUAACUGUCAAUACUGCAAUGCAACAUUUAAACGAAAGGACAAGCUGAAAUAUCAUACUGACCAUGUGCAUGGAGGAAAGUCUGCAGAAGAAUCACUAAGCCCACUGUCAGAGGAGAAAAUCAUCUCUGUACCAACUCAAUACACACCUGACGACAAGGCUAUUCAAAGUGACUCUAAACCAUUCAUGGAACAGACAAAGGCUUAUCAAGCAGAAACCAAAACAAUGCUACAGAAUGUAUCCCAAGACACGUGUGUGCCGGUAACACUGAUACCUGUUCAAAUGUGUGAAACUCAGUCUGAUCUUGUACGACAUUCUACCCCUGUUACAUCCUCCCCUCAUAAUAUUCUUCCUCCACAAUCCUCAACAGACUAUCAGCAAGCAACGGAUCUGGCAUUUCUAGAAAAAUACACUCUCACUCCACAGCCUGCAAAUAUAGUUCAUCCAGUCAGGCCUGAGCAAAUAUUGGAUCCUAGAGAACAAUCUUAUCUUGGGACACUACUGGGUCUUGAUACAACUCCUUCUGUACAGAAUAUUUCAAGUAAUGAACAUUCAUGAACCUGUCUAAUGGAAUGUUACAUUCCAUUAAUCUUACUAAUUGAUUUACCUAACAGAAGGCUAAUAUGCCUGUUUGUAUUUUCUUUGACAUCCUGUCUUUUGAAAGCUGUUGAGCCCAAGGAAAACAAGCAUUGGUUUUUAAUGCAGUGGUUUAGCAUUCAAAAUCUAUUCAUCAUGUGGUUUUAAAAAAAUGUAUAGAUAUUUUUUAAAAGACUUUCAAAAGGUACUAGAGUCAAGAAACCUUAAUGACAUGUCUGUUUAAUUGUGAAUAACUGUUAACUAUUUUGUGUUUUAAUUUUCCAUGCAUGCACAUCUCCUUUCAUAUAUGAAAAUGUUCUGGAAAGAUUUAGGACUGAAAACCACACAAGCACCUGUUUAUGUUGCAGAUUAGCUCCAUCCCAAAUUAAUGUUACAUUAAUUUGUAAAAUUAUUUACAUUGCAACAUCAGAAUCUAAGAAAAUAAUGGAGCAGUUUGCAGCCUUUAUUUAAAAUUAAUGGAAUUUUGCAAUUGGUGUCAGCAAGAGCAGGACUACAUGUGUAUAUCAAUAUGUGACACACACACAUGGGAAAUCAGUAACUUUAGCAAAUUGGUUUCUUGCUUGCUUAAUCUAGCUUUCUUUUGUCGAGGGGGUUCAAAUUUUUUGAGAACCUUAUUUGAGGGCAUUACGUUUGGCAAUUACAUGUCAUAAUUAAAAUCUGCAGAAAGGCAGGCUCAAAUUGAAACCUUAAUGUUAACUACUUUUAUGUGUGUGAUAUAAAGUAAUCUGGCAAUCUGAUCUACAACCAGUUUAAAUCCAGAGUAGGUUAAACAUGCAUUGAUUGGUUUAAUGUAUGUGGACUAAACUUGUGAGAAUCAAGGGUUGAUUCAACAUUUUAUACUUCCAUCCACAAAUCCAAUGGUCUCCCAUUACCAGAGACAAGGGUACAUACAGUCUUUUGACAUGGAUAGCUUUAGGUAGGAUGCCACUAAUGGCUGCAUAUCAGUCUAUGUAGAUUAAAACGAUGUAAAGGCAGUUCUGACAAUACUUACCUCCACCAUAAGUUUGGGCAAAGCUUUAUAGAUCCCAUAGUUCAUUUCAGUGUAAACUGAGAGAAGUGGAGAAGUUAAUAUAUUUCAAUAUGAGACCCCUUGCUUUGGACACUUCUACAUUGGUGAGAAGAGCAAGAAAACAUGUAAACCUGAUUCUCACUGCUGAUAUUGCCCUGGGGGAAUAAGUCUUGUGGGUUUCUGGAAGGAGGGCUUUCCGUGCCUCCAAUCAGAAGGCACUGUGCAGCUACUCCAUCUUUUCUCCAUAACAGAUUUUCUGCAGUGAGGAAAGACUGAAGAAGCUGUGGGAAAGCAUGGGAGGAUUACAAGAAGACAGCGUCAUCUGUAACAUUCCCCCUUCCAUAAAAUUUUGUGAAUGAGGAAGAGCAAUGGCGCAAUAAAUGUUUUGUUUGGAAGCACCCUGUGUGAGUAGCCCAUUAGCUCAAGAUGGAAUGAAGAUUUUUUUUUUUUAAUUACUGUUUGCUAUCCUCCAAAAUCUGUUCUUGUGAAAUAUCGUUUUGAUAAGAACCUUGACUUGCUCUGUUCCCACAUGUGUGCUCAUGGAGCAAAGUGAUGUUCAAAGGCAAAAUAAAAGUAAUGAAUUCAUCAGUAAAUCAUUCUCUCCCACCUAAUCAUAUUGACCACAAAACCCCAAGUAAAUUAAAUGUCCUCUAAGAACCCCCUGCCCUUUUGCCAUGCUCUGGGCGGUUUUGUGAACUGCCCAGAGAGCUUCAGCUAUGGGGUGGUAUAGAAAUACAAUAAAUGAAAUGAAUGUCUACUCAAGAUUUGCUAAAUAUCUUUUAACUUGUAAUACAAACUUGUUCAUCCAGAUGCCUUAGACAGCAAUGUAUUAUUAUUAUAAUUAUAAUUAUUAUUAUUGGAAAAAAAAACUGGUUUAAAUUAUGAGUGUACUGUGCAUUUUAAUUCCUGUACUUUAAUGUUGUGUUCAGGAGGAAGAUUGAAGUGGAAGGUUUUAACUAAGCAAUCCUAGGUGAAUUUAUUUAGAAGUAAAGUUCUAUUGAAAUCAAUGUGACUUAUGUGUAAAGUUGGUUGUGAUUGUACUGCUGGAUUGAAAGCAGUCAGUUGUAAAUCUUGACAGUGACCAGCAUUUUUAAUAUCUGAUAAUGUUCAAAAAUGUUGAUCAAUUAGUUACCAUUUCUAGUGUUGAGAACUGACUGGAGAUGUAGAAAACUAUUCUUGGUGCAACAUAUGGCCUCCACUUAUUUUCUUUAGCUAGUUGUGGAGAGGCCCUAAAGUGUAUUUGGGACUUUGGAAAGGUACAAAUUGGUUCUGUAGUCCCCUACAAAUGUAGUACUUGAUACUUCAUUGCAGUAAUUUAUUUUAUAAAUACAUUCUUAAAACUAAACAAUGAUGGUACCCAAAGCUAGCUUGAUGUUUGGCAGUCUCUGUUCUUGCCUAUGCAUUAUGUCCAGAUAAUCUUUAAACAGACGCUGCUACAUGUUUCCUUAAUGAGUAUUAGGCAAACUAAGACUGGGUCGAAGAGGGCUUAAAAAUAUUAAUUGUUCUCUAAAUGCACCAAAGAUGCCUGUCGAAUUGAACACACCUAUUGAAAGAUAGUCCAAAAAGACACAAAUCCGGGGUUUAUGGUUAUUUCAAGUUUAGUUCAUACAAGAAGUAGGUGUAUCAAUGCAUGGAGCAAGAAUAGAAAAGUAGAGUAGUCCCUUUGAUUAACUUAGUCAUGGCCAUUAAGCCCAAUUAAUUUCAACAGUUCUGCUCUUAAUAUAACAAAAUCUGGAUCCAACCCAAUACAAUAUCUAUUUUGGCAUCGUUUUGAUUCUCUAGAAAAUAAGCUCCAUUGCACCAUCUCUUCCAGCGUUGGUAUGUUUGGUACAGAAGGUCACAUGAGCUGGAAGCUGCUUUUUUCUCCCCAUUGCUUGUGCUCAACAAUGUGUGUGUUAUACUGACACUUUUGAUGCUAAACUACAACUAACGACUUGUGCUUACUGUAUUUAUUCAGAAAUUGUUUCAAAUGUGAAAACGUGACAUGGCCCAUAAAAAAAAGCUUUAUAUUUUGACUUGGGAGAUCAUGAAAUUAAAAAUAAUAACAUUGA